GCGCAGCGGGACUGAGGUGCCCGCGCUGCCCAGCGCCACCGCCAGUGCGACAGCAGCUGUCCCCAUGGCGGCCGGCAGUGGCACCAAGACGGCCGGGCGGCUCUACGACAUCGUGGUGUUCGGCGCCUCGGGCUUCACCGGGCAGUUCGUGGUGGAGGAGGUGGCGCGGGCGGCGGCCGCCGGCGAGGGGCAGCUGUGCGGCGGCCGCCUGCGCUGGGCCGUGGCCGGGCGGAGCCGCGAGAAGCUGCGGGCGGUGCUGGAGCGGGCGGCCGAGCGGCUGGGGAAGGCGGCGCCCGGGGAGGAGGUCGGCGUGCUGCUCUGCGAUGUGGGCGACGCGGGCUCGCUGGCCACCAUGGCGAGGCAGACGCGGGUGGUGCUGAACUGCGUGGGCCCGUAUAGAUUCUUUGGAGAGCCUGUGGUGAAAGCUUGUGUGGAAAAUGGUGCAAGUUGCAUUGACAUUAGUGGAGAACCCCAGUUUCUGGAAGGAAUGUACCUGAAAUACAAUGAAAAAGCUGCAGAAAAGGGAGUAUAUGUCGUUGGAAGCUGUGGCUUUGACUCCAUACCAGCAGAUAUGGGAGUACUGUACACCAGAGACAAGCUGAAAGGUACCUUAACUGCUGUUGAGAGUUUCCUGUCGGUGAUAUCUGGGCCUGAGGGUCUUGGUGUACACGAUGGGACCUGGAAGUCAGCUGUCUAUGGCCUUGCAGAUGAAGACAACCUGAAGAAGCUUCGAAAACAGAUAGGAUAUGCCCCUGUUCCAGUAGUUGGUGCAAAGCUUAAAAAAAGAGGAUUUUUGUUUUACAGUCCAGAAUUCAAAAAGUACUGCCUUACAUUCAUGGGAUCUGAUGGUUCUGUUGUGAAAAGGACUCAGCGUUAUUUGCAUAGUGAGUUGCAGCAAACACCUGUCCAGUAUGGUGCUUACGUGACUCUAGGUGGUCUUGGCUCUGUUAUUAAGCUGAUGUUUAUGGGCAUGUUAUUUCUUCUUCUGGUGAAGUUUAACUUUGGAAGAAAACUUCUGACAAAAUACCCAAAAUUUUUCUCUGGUGGAUACUUUACAAAGGAAGGACCAACCCAGAAGCAGAUGGAUGGAACCUCUUUUACAAUGACUUUUUUUGGUGAGGGUUACAGUGAGGGACAAGAUCCCCAGACUGGCAAACCAAAUGUGAAGAUCUGCACGGAAGUGAAAGGACCAGAGCCUGGAUAUAUUGCUACACCAAUUGCAAUGGUUCAAGCAGCUCUAUCUCUUCUGGAAGAUGCAGCUUCUUUGCCUAAAAGGGGUGGUGUAUAUUCUCCAGGAGCUGCCUUCUCCAAAACAAAACUGAUUGAUCGCCUCAACAAGCGUGGUGUUGAGUUCUCUGUUAUUAGCAAGCCUGAAGUCUGAAGUCAAAAUAUAACUGUAUGAGCUAACACCUUUCCUGGGUCUAACUAUAAUAAAACACAUUUGGCUGCAAAAGCCUAAUCAUAAAACAGUUUCACUAUGCUAUUGUUUGUAGCAGAAAUAGAAAAAAAUUUUAUUUAAAAGCUAUAGUAGUAUUUGCUAUAGUGAGCAAGUCCCUAAAGGGUGGGUAUUGAGUGUUAAUUCACAGACAUAUUACAUUGGUAACUUCUUGGGUACUAAUGCUGGAAUUUUAAUCUCAUUCAUCUAAGUUCAAGUUCCUAUUUCAUGGACCCACUACUUCACAAGUAACCAUAGCUGCCUGGCUUCCCCCAUUCUGCAGCUAUGUAAAGCAGGCAGCCUGGGAACACAAGUGCCUUAGCAGAUGAAGCUAGUAGUUAUUCCUCAUGUGUGUUUGGUAUAUGUCUUUAUUAAUGUCUUCAAUUAAUCUUUAUGUAAUAAUUGUUCUUAGUGCAGAUCUAUGUGUAGUUUCUGUAGUUAGGUAAGUAGUUAUGAACUGUAUUGUGCUUUUGCUUCUGUAAAGAAGGAGGCUUGUUUUGUUGAUUGGCUUUGAAAUCUGACCUGAUGUGAUCCAGGUUCUGAGUGCACUUGCCUUGCUACUGUGUUUCGCAGUGCUUGAUACUGUGGUUGAUGAGCCUUCUUUUUGCUGUUAGCAUAAGAAUUAUGAGAGUGUCUUGUCCUGCUGUCUGAUUUCUGGAUUUGUGUUUGUGGGCAAUGGAAGACUUGAGUCACAGGAUAUUUUGAAAGGGGUAGCCUUCAUGAUUUUCAGGAGUGUGAAUACAUUAAAUUCUGUUUCUGUGUA